AUUCCCGGUUACUCCAAACAGCGCCCCGCCCCCAACCCCUCCGCACUUCUCCCCCGCUGCUUCGGGAGAGCUCCCGUCGCGCGUGCGCUCCUGCCUGCGUGUGGCGCGGCGGCGAAGCAGCACGGCACUCGCGCGCGCGAGCGCGUCUCUCCGAGCCCAGCCGUCGCGAUGGCCGGCGACGAGCCCUCCAUCACCCGCUGGACCUUCGAGGACUUCGAGCUCUACUACGAGGCGCGACUCGGCAUCCGCCGCGAGCCCACGGGCGACGGCGACCAUGCGGCCAUGCGGCCAGCCGUCCCGCCGCGCGGAUCCGACCAUGCGGCCAGCCGUCCCGCCGCGGCCCGCGCCAACGGCGGCGCCGACCUCGCCGUCUUCGAGCAGUUCGAGCGGAUGGAGAGGAAGGUGGAGAUUCGCAAUGGGGCUAUAGAGGAUGGGCCGCCGCAGAAAUCCCUACUUCCUUCUUUUGAAUCUGCAGAAAUGCGCAACUUAGCCGAGACAUUGUUGAGGGAUAUAAUUCGUGGAAGUCAAGAUGUCAAAUGGGAAAGCAUAAAAGGUUUGGAGAAUGCGAAGCGCCUUCUAAAAGAAGCAGUUGUCAUGCCCAUUAAAUAUCCCAAGUACUUCACAGGUCUGUUAUCACCUUGGAAAGGUAUAUUACUAUUUGGUCCACCUGGAACAGGAAAGACGAUGCUAGCGAAAGCUGUGGCUACUGAGUGCAAAACCACCUUUUUCAAUAUUUCAGCAUCAUCAAUUGUGAGCAAAUGGCGUGGUGACUCGGAGAAACUAGUGAAAGUCUUAUUCGAGCUUGCAAGGCAUCAUGCACCAUCUACCAUUUUCCUUGAUGAGAUUGAUGCUAUUAUUAGUCAACGUGGUGAAGCUCGUAGUGAGCAUGAAGCUAGCCGACGAUUGAAAACCGAGCUAUUAAUACAGAUGGAUGGGUUGACUAAGACAGAUGAGCUUGUUUUUGUUCUAGCGGCCACUAAUUUACCAUGGGAGUUGGAUGCAGCAAUGUUGCGUCGGCUGGAGAAGCGUAUUCUUGUACCCUUACCAGAGGCAGAUGCUAGACACGCUAUGUUUGAAGAGCUCCUGGCAUCUACUACUGGCACAAUGGAGAUUCCCUAUGAUGUUCUUGUGGAGAAAACUGAAGGAUAUUCUGGCUCUGAUAUCCGCCUUGUGUGCAAGGAGGCAGCAAUGCAGCCUCUAAGACGGCUAAUGUCAGUUCUGGAAGGCAGGCAAGAAGUCGUCCCUGAGGAUGAGUUACCUGAAGUCGGCCCCGUAACGACAGAAGAUGUUGAGCUUGCUUUGAGGAAUACACGGCCGUCUGCUCAUCUUCAUGCGCAUAGAUACAAAAAAUUCAACCAAGAUUAUGGAAGCCAUGUUAUUAGCUAAAGGAGCGUGGUGUAAGAUUUCAUUUGCCCUCUGUAUUGAACUCUUCGUUGGCUGACUGAUCAAUGCUAAAUUACCAUCGAUGUGAUGAGGUAUCUGUUGGAGACUAAGUUACCAAACAGAGAGGUGGGACCUUGGCUCUGUCGGGGAAAGCCAAAGGUUUCCUAAAGUGACACUUUUAUGAAAAACUGUACGAUAUUAUUAAUGUCCACCAUCAUUUCAGUUACAGUGCUGAUCUAUUUAUAGCUUGUAUUUAACCACGACAAGUCAUAUUUUACAAUGUUUUUCCUCUAAUUGUUACA